UGGAUGUGUAAUAAUAUUUUAAGGAAGAUUGCGUAAUUGAAAAUAGGAUUGAAAAAAAUGAAAUGUAAUGGAAUGGAAAUAAAUGGGGGCAGACGUGGGCUUGUACAGUAUAGGAUUAAAGGACAAAAUGAGGCUAAAAUCUCGUCUAUUGUACAGUUAAUUACCGUACGAGUACUGAUGUCCUUAUUUACAAAUGCAGACUGCGAGGAAGAUGAUCAGAGGAGUCAAUUCCCUAACAAGAUUUAUGAUGGAGUGCAAGAUAAGAUUAAUGAUUUGCAGAUAACUCGGGCUUUACAAAUGCAAAUGGAGGUGCAAAGGAAACUCCAUGAACAAAUCGAGGUGCAAAGGUGUUUGCAGCUAAGAAUUGAAACUCAAGGAAAGUAUUUGCAGUCAGUAUUGAAAAAAGCACAAGAGACUCUUGCUGGAUACAGUUCUUGCUCUAUGGAAGUGGAAAGUGCAAGGGCAGAACUUUCUCAAUUAGUAUCAAUGGUAGACACCAAUUGGCGUCUCAGUUCUUCGUUGUCCGUUUUGACAGAGAGUGAAGGCUCAAUCUUAAAAGAUGCUAAGAACAAACUUUUGGGACACAAUGGAUACUCAGUUGAAAGUUCAUUAACGUCAUCUGAGAGUUCGGGGAGAAAAGAAGAAACUCAACCAUUUAUGGACGUAAGCGAGCCUCAAGAUCGUGGAUCACCAAAAAGGAGUAGAGAACAUGAAGUUGAAGGCAAGAAUGAAAAGGUGAGAAAACUGGAAUUACUUGAGGGCCUGGAUUUGAACAGAAAAAUCGUGAAUGAUUCUGAUUCAGGUCCAAAACUGAUAGACUUGAACUGCAAGGCAGUUGAUGAAAUCAAUUAGAAUUUUAGUUCACAGAAACAUCAUUAACAGGUGUUUUUGAGUCAUAUGUUUUCUGUCAUAAAAGGUCAUAACUUAUUGUUAGUA